AUUAACACGGAAUAUUGACGAAUUUACCUGGAGACGUAUCUCUUUACAUAAUCCCUCUACUGUCCGACUUCCAUCUGCUCAAGGAGAGAUACUUUAUGGAAUAUAGGGCUACAAAGGUCAUGAUGACAUAGCUGUCGGCUACGUUCCUGUCCACAAGGUGUUGCUAGGGACACAUGUUACCAGUGGCAACCAAAUUAUUGUUACCAGGGUAACUUGUCACCAUGGAGAUUCCAAGUCACAUUGUUGCUCCAGAAGGGAUAGAGUUGAAGCAGUCUGAGGUUGAUACUUCUCAGAUAGGAGUAUGGUGUGUGGCACCUAUCCCCAAGGGAACCAUCUUCGGACCCUUUGUGGGGGAGAUCGUGUAUGAACACAAAGACAAAAAGAUUGAUUACAGAUUCGCUUGGGAGGUGUUUGACCUUGAGAAGAACGAACUGUCUCACAUAGUCAAUGCCACAGACCCUAUGAAGGGAAACUGGAUGCGUUAUGUCAACUGUGCCCGCUUCCUGGAGGAACAGAACAUCGUAUCAGUCCAGGAUAACGGUCAAGUCUUCUACAAGGCAAUCCAGGAUGUAGACACAUAUGAGGAGUUGCUCACCUGGUUUCAACCGUUCAAGAAGCGACGACGACGCAGGAAGAAUGCUAGUGUCGACGAUAAAUCUCCAGAUGCUGCUGUCCCAGUCAAAACAAAAUCUCAACCAAAGGUCAAAACUCCAUCUAAGGUCAAAUCUGUUGCUUUGGAAACAGAAUUACCAAGCACAAAAUCAUCCUCAUCCAAAAUCACGAAGGAAGCAACAUCAGCAGAAUCAGCCACAGCAUCAUCUGCCAUGGCAGCAAAACCCGUAACCAUGGCAACAGGAUCAGCACCUGUGACAACCACUGUGUCCACAGGGAACUACAUAGAUUCGCCGGUAGAGAUUCUGGACACGAAGAGACAACGAAAGAAGAAAAAAUUAUUUGAUGAGGAGAUACUUCUGACAGACCUUGUUUUCAAAAAGAAGAGACGACGGCGCAGCAAGGAAGAAAUGGAAAGAGACGCAAUCGAGGCUGCCCUAAAUGCCCAAAAUAAAGGCAAACGGAAACGGGGAAGGAAAAAGAAAUCAGAAAUGAUAGUCAAGGAAGAAAUUCCUCCAGAGCUCCGAGGGGAUGAUGAAGAACAUGGAGGCAGGGAAGGCAGUCCAAUGAAGGCCUCACCUGUUCUGGAAAAUCUGGAGGAGGUAGAAGGAAACACAGUAGACAGCUUGGAAAAGUCGUGGACCUAUCCUGCUAAACAUCACGAAUACCUGUUUUCACUUCGUCCGCACUUUGGCACCACACAAAAUGGCCGACGUGUCUAUAGAUGCGACGUCUGCUCAGGUGUGUAUAAACACACGUUCAGUUUGAAGCGACACUACCUCCGUAACCACGUCAACUGUCGCUACCUCAGCCGUGCUGACAUCACAAACUGCAUGAUUCUUAUUGGUCAACAGCAGCUCGCGAUUCUCAAAUCAAAUGAGAAAGACCUACUCCAGAAAAUCGACGAAACAUUGGUCCAGACUUCUAACGAAGAUGAAUCAAAUGAUACACAAAGAUCUGAUAAUGAGUCACUGGAUAAAAAAGAGGAAGUUAGCGAUUCGGGCUCAAAGGAAAAUGAAAUGGAGGUAGAUAUUGACAGCAGUAAAACUGAUGCUUCAAAGAUUCAGUCCAGUACAAAUUCCACAGAGAAGGACUUACACGAUUCUCAGAAGGAACAGAUAUCAGAAUCGAGCACAGAAGUCAAAAUCAAAGAGGAAAAUUUAACGGAGGAAUCACCAGACGAUGAAAUGCAAUCAGCUUCCGAUAAACCAUUACCAUCGAAGGCGGGACUUUACAAGUGCAACAUAUGUUAUAAACUGUUUGAUGAAAUUGAGGCCCUGAAAUUGCACACACAAGACCAUCCCAAGGUUCUUGAUGUAAAAGGCUUUUCGUGCGAUCGCUGUCACAUGCGAUUCACAUACAAACAAAACCUAGUACGUCACCAGAUGGUCCACGAAGGCGAAACCGAACGGCUGGCCAAGUCUUCGCCAACAACACCAGUUAAGACAAAGUCAAAACUUGUGGAGAAGAAAGUGCCAGUUGUUGGGAAGCCUUUCAAGUGUCCUCGAUGUCCCAUGAAGUUCAAAUACACUACAAACUUGGAACGCCACGAGGCCUUGCAUUUUGCUGACCGCUCGUUCAUUUGUUCCUACUGCGGUAAAGGAUUUCCUUCUGCCACGAACAUGAAGAAACACGAACAUAUACAUCUAGGUAGUCGUGUACCGUGUAAAUACUGCACAGCCGUCUUUGUCCAUGUCGGAAGUCUUCGGAAACACAUUCGCCUGGAACACCCAGAUAUUCAUCGCCAGCGCCUCCUUAAAUUGUUAGAGAAACGAGGAAAGCUUGGAGCAAAAGCUGCACGUACCCUUCAGGAAAGCUACAACAAAGAGGCUUCAUCGGAUCUCCGGGAAAAGCUUCCUGGGUCUUCACAAGUUGUUCAACGUAUGAAAAUAACGAAGGAAGGAAAAGUGCCUGUCAGAGAGGAAUCCGACUCAAAAUUUAAAUUCCAAUGUUUGAUUUGCAAAAAGAGAUUCUCAGCCUACGUUAAUAUGUGUCGUCACAGACGACUGGCUCACAAGGACAACAGUAAGAUACCAAGAUUUACUCAAAGUGAAAGCACCGUUACUGAAAGGUCAGUGUCGACGAGCCCAGUGAAGCCAAAACGUCAACCGUCAAGAUUGAGGAUACUUAUGGGCAGUCCCAAGAGAGAUGAGGAACCAAUCAUGUUUGAGACUGCCAAUGAUCCAAUCGAUAACUCUCCUGAAGCGAAUGUGAGUUUUUAUGCAAAUGUUGCCGCAAACGUCGCCGAAAAUCUCACCAGUUACAUUGAUGGUGGGGUAGACUCAAUGGCCCAUUUCAAACAACACAUCAGAAUCAAGGAUUAUGAUUCCGUUUUUACCACGGUAAAGGAGGAAGUAUUGGAGGAAACAGAAAAGUCUGAUGACAAGGAGGAAUUUCAAUGGGAAAAGUUCAAUUUUCCUAAAAACUAUGACCCAAAAGUGAUAUCAGAUAAUUUUGUGGACCUUACAGAGUUAGCUCCCUUAGAAAAGGGAGAUAAGUCUGAUCAAGUUACAGAUGAAAUUUCAUACAGCAAUAAAGUGCCGGCUUUCUGUACACGACGCAGGACGUCAAGGGAAGGAUUGUCAUCUGCAGAAAGUUCACGAGAUGGACUCGAAAGUGGACAUUUCGGACAAAAGGAACAUCAGCCUCAGAAUGAAACAAAAAAGGAAUUCAAAACAGAACCAAAAAAUGACAAAGAAGACAAAAAGAAUGAUACGUUGGAUGAAAAAGUGAACAACUUGGAUGGCAAACCUAGUGACAAAGCAGACAAAAAGGAUGAUAUAUUGGAUGAGAAAGUGAACAACUUGGAUGGCAAACCUGGUGACAAAGCAGACAAAAAGGAUGAUAUAGUGGAUGAGAAAGUGAACAACUCGGAUGACAAACCUGGUGACAAAGCAGACAAAAAGGAUGAUAUAUUGGAUGAAAAAGUGAACAACUUGGAUGGCAAACCUGGUGACAAAGCAGACAAAAAGGAUGAUAUAUUGGAUGAGAAAGUGAACAACUCGGAUGGCAAAACUGGUGACAAAGCAGAUGAAAAAGAAUAUAAAUUGGAUAACACUAAUGACAAUGGGGAUGACAAGGAGGAUAAAAUAGAGAACAAUACACAUGAUAAAGAGGAAAGUUCAUAUGAGAAUGUGGUAGAGUCUAAACAAGUGUUAAAACUACCUCUGAUGUUGAUGAGGUCAAAGGUGACCGUGGAUAAAAGUGAUGAAGAUUCAGAGAGCUAUUACAAGGAUGUAAGUGAUAAAAGCGAAAUCAAGGAUGGUGAUGACCAAAGUGACCUCGGGGAUGAUGGUAAAGACUCUAAGCAAUCAUGUCUUAUACAGGCAAACAGUGAAGUGCCAGAAUCAAAUUCUGAGUCAUCAGGAAGCUUGUCAUCAGCAGAACAAACACAGUCAAAGGAAGAUAAUGGAAAUUUGAACAUUAAUCCAGUAGGAGAUAAUGUUAUUCUACAUGACACAGACUCAUUUGAGAAUAAAACGGGAGCUGAGAAGCGACUGGGGAAUUUUGAAGUCACAUCUGUUAAAUUAGAGAACGUCAAUGGAAGGGAAGAUACUCUCGUAACAGUUAACACAGAGGAUCAAAUGCAAGAUGAUAACACUGAUAAUGACAGUUUAAAAAUAGAUAGUGGGCAUCCUCUGCAAAACGACGGAGAUUGCCAUGGAAACAAAGGAUUGGACACUGUCUCGGAAAAUGUGAAAAUUGGAAAUUCUACGCAAAAGAAUGAAUCAGAAUCAGUAAAUAAGGAGACACUUGAAGACAAAAUUGGCGAAGCCAUGGAUUCCAACUCAAGUUUACUGAUAUCCAAUGUUGUUAGUGGUGCGGACGUGGCCGAGCUUUGGUGUCACGAGACGCUCAGCAACAGUAGUCCAGACAAUCAUAACAAUGUUGACUUGAACAGAAAUAACAACAACACUAGUGAUUUGAACAAGUGUCAGCAGGACGACAACGGGGACAACAGUGGGAACAGCAGUCCGGGUGUGUAUAAUCCUCCGCUUUCAUCCGAUUCCGAGUCUGAACUUGACCUUGGUAACUGCAGAGGUGCUGUUUCGGCAACACAACUUAUCCGAGGUCUCAACUUGGCCAAGGCACAACAGAAUUGGCAGGAAAACAACAAUAUUGGUUUGCAGGAUGAUAGAAUGAUUUCUGCAGAACGUAUUUACCGCAGUCUUCUCAAACUCAAAGAGGAACCAGACCAAUCGCCACAGCGUAGUCCACUGCACAAUUUUGAUUCCAUAGCAUUUGGAAAUUUUGGGAAACGAGCGCACGUUUGUUCAGUGUGCAAGCGACAUUUUGCUGAUAACGAGGCUGUGUUGAGGCACCAGUGGAAGAAACACCCCCUCGUGGCCUGCCAUGCACUAGAGAUUGAAGAUGGUCAUGAUAUUGAGUAUUUGUACUACACGCAGCCAAGCAAUGUUGGAAUCCUGGGUGCAUGUGGCAAGGCACUGGAGAAGAUCAGUGAGCGUAAUUCUUACACCUGUACGAGGUGUAACGGCAGUUUCAAAAACAUUGAUCGGCUGCAUAUUCACAUUAUGAACUGCGCCCCAAAACCAGCCAUGGCAUCAGAGACACUAGACAAGUUGCCAGGAAAACGUAGGAGAAAAUUUCCAAAGAAAUUUAUCGGAAUGGAUCUUGAGUCAAAUGAGGCAGAGCAGAAAGAGCGUGAUGAACUUGAACAACUCAGCAGAAACUACAUUGCAAAAUUGAAAGCUCAGAAAAAAAUAUUCAUGGGAUGCAGGAAACGUAAGCUGAUUGAUGUGCCAAUAGGUGAAACUUCCAACGAUACCAAGAUGAGGCGUCGUCGUAGUUACGAGAUUGGAUACAUCCCUGGUAACCAUGUACGGAGGCGAGAAAUGACUGAGCUUCUUGAUACACAUCAAUGUAAAGGAUGUGGGGUGAAGUUCAAGUCCAUUUCCCUCUUAGAGCGACAUGUACGUAAAUGUGAUGGCAAAGAAAAGUUCAAAGACCUAAAGGUCAUGAAGUCCACUGUGAAUGAAAGUUUUCACAAGAAGCACAAACAGACCUGCCUUUACUGCCAGCGAGGCUUUGCGUACCCCAAAACAUUGAUGAAUCACUACCGGGCUUUCUGUAUCGUGAAAAAGGACAAACUUAUCAAGGGUACGUUAACUGAAGCUGAACGCAUCGAAGAAACCGAGAUGAUAGUGAGGCUCAAACAACAGGAUGAGGAUCGGAAUGAGGCUGUAUCUGUGCAUCAUAUGGAGGAAGUUGAAGGUCACAGGAAAGGAUGGCCGAAGGGUCUCAAGAGAAAAUCACGACGCAAAAACCACUGCUGGACAUACAUAAAGAAACGCAAGUCAUCGAACGAUGCACUUGACAACGAUGAUGAUGUAUCAGAAACAGCUUCUCAAAUGUCUUCAGACUCCCCGUCAAAAUCUGGAGAUUCGUUAUCUCCAAAAUCUGAACCUUCUCCGUCACAAAAGUCACUGGAACCCAUGAAACUGUUGGAUGAUUAUUCUAGCAAAUCAUUUCGGACAAAUGGUCCAAAUGAAGAAUAUGAGGAUACAUGUGCUUCAGCUGACCAGGAGGAGAGACCAAAAAAUCCUGUUAUGAUCAAAAUAGAGCCCCUUGAAAAUUUUAAUGCUGUGAUGACAGGAAGUGGCGAGGAAGAGAAGAAUCUAGAAGGAAACAAUCAGAAUGAUAGAUCGAGUGUUAGUCAGAAUGUCGGAAAUGUCGAGAAACUUGAGAAGCAGAAUGGGGAGGACACUUCCGCACAAGGGGCUAUGGCUCGUGUAGAUGGAAAUAAAGUUUUACAAGAUAUUUCUAAAUGUAAACUAGUCAAGUACAAUGUUGAUACAGUGUCUCCGGCAUCGGAUCGUCCCAUGCUGACUCUAAAACCGGUGAUAGAGGGGACGUUGUCUCCUAAAAAACAUCAAAACGGAUCUCCUUCCGCAGUCACACAAAGUGCAGAUUUAGGAUCAACCGUACACAAGUCACUCUGCACAUCUCCUGCAAAGAAAGUGAAAAAGAAAAAAAAUGAACAAGGAAAAGUGUCGCCGCCCAUGUGUGUGAUGAAAACUGACCGAGGUAUAUCUAGUCUUACAACAUCAUUACCAACAGUUUCCUCGCAGAAAAGUGGCUUUAAAUCUUCCUCAAUCAACACAGUCACUAGUCAGCAGACCAGUCUGCUUGCCACCGAUGUAAAAGUUCAGGGUGAUUCAGCCAUGGCCAAAUCUCCAAAAAAGCAAGGAAAGAAGUCGGUGGAUACAAUGUUGGUUACAAAACUUGAUUCUAAUGUUUCUAAAAAGAAAAACACAACAGACUUGUCAUUUAACGAAGCAAAGUGCAAAAAUAGUCCCAACAAGACCAAAGGGAUCACAUAUCCUGCUAAAAUGCUGCCAACAAACGCUGAAAAACGUGCCCCAGUUGUUCUGAAUUGUCCAGUUAUAUCAAGGGUGGUAAGGAAGGGAGAUUCGCCAAAAAGGUCUCGAAAAUCAAAAAAGGCUGAAUCUUCAAUGGCGAUAAAGGGAACUACCUCACAUCAAAACCACAGUCCUGCUUCUUCAACAGUCUCAGUCAGUCCAGAGGUGUCGAAGGAAUCUGGUUCUUCAGCAGUAUUGGUUGGACCAGAAUUACAAAGGGAAUACGGUUCUGCAACAGUGCUCAGUAAAACAAAGGCACCGAGGGAUUCUGUAGCUCAGAGGAAACUGAAGUCAUGCAAGGAUGAAAUCAUGGAAAAAGUUAGCAUUGAUCCUGUAAAAAUAUCUAGCAAAACAGAAUCGACAAGCGAAUCAAAAAAGAGGAAUUCAGCAAUUAUUUCUACUCAACCAAAACCUCCAUCAGAAGUUAGUCGGGAUUUGUUGCAGAAGUCGGCAAAGUUGAACAAUGGAUUUGAACCUCAAACCAUUGAAAACAAUAAGGAUAUGAACAGCAUUAAUUCAAAACCUCAAAAACUCAUCGUUCACUUAGGCUCAGAAAAAUUCUGUGUGACUCUACCUGACCCAGCGAUAUCUUCAGUUUUAAAUAACGCAUCUAAAACAACACAAAAAACUGUAAACAGGACUGGAGCCCAAUCUGACGGAAAUAUAGAGUCAAGGGAGACAACCAUUUCUUCUGAAGAAGUGAAAAAAGAGCAAAAUGCUAACACAAGUUAUGGGUCUAAUAAACUAACCAAAACUGCAACAACAGCAGGAUAUCAACAGAAAACAGCACCAAGUAUGGCAAUGGUUUCAGUAGAUUCUGGGAAAACCGGCAAAUCCAACAUACAGUGGCCAGUACGAAAAUCACAAACCCUAAUGGCGGAAAGAAGUUUGGACAAAAUUGACAGUCCUGAUGAAGCAACAGCUACACAAACUGGGAAAUUCAUGUCUCAUUGUGAUAAUAAAAAGGAGAGGAUCACCAACUUAGUUAAAAAAACUGUCAUUCAUAAGUCUGAGAAAAACAUUGAUAUGGAAACAAUUUACGAAUCGCUCAAAAAGCAACAAAAACCGACAAUGAAACAACAAAAACCCAAGCCUAAACAACAAAAAACAAAACAACAACAAUCAGAAAACACUUCACAGGAAACCAGGGAAACGACGGAAUCUGUCGGUAACGUUCCUACAAGGACCUUGCAAUUAAAGACUGGCAAUCACUUGAUCAGUGUAGAAAUUCCUCACACAAGUCCUCAACCAGUGAAUGCAUCAGGGGGAAGACUUAGUAACCAAUUGACUCCAAAUAGCGACACAAUUUCUGUGAUAAAUACGCAAGGAUUAAAAGCCAAAAAUACUUCCGUGUCCAGUACUAUUAUAAAUGUACCACAAAUACAGACGGAUACAACAGUCAAACCCCCACGGAAACGUCGCAAAACUGCUCCAAAAACCGAUGUUUCACCACCAGAAUCGAAAGCCACCGAAUGUGUUCAAAAUAGUGCUAGACUUUCCUUGUCACCUGACAAGAUGUCACAUGAUCAGGUGUCAAAGGUCAAUGUAUCGUCUGACAAAAUAUCUACAGACAAAUUGACAAAAGCCAUGACCUCGUCUGACGAGGUGUCAAAGGUCGGGAUGUCAACUGACACGACAUCCAAGGUCAGUAAGUUUAAUGGUUCUCUUGAUGAAUUUGACCCUCUUGCUCCCAUGAAUAACUUACUGCAACUUGCCUGCAUAGCUACUGAUGUUCUUAAGGCUGUUGCGGUUUCAUCUGAUGAAGAUGAAAAAACGCCUGUGUACAAAUCUACAACAAAUCCAUUCCAUUGUAAUUCUGUGGUGAAGAACUCGACCUCCCGGCCAGUUGUUCCUGUCUCCAGCCCUCAGCUUGUCACUCCCACCUUACCACAUAUUAUCCAGACAAUGUCUGAUAAUGUAACUAUGUCCCAACCUCCAAAAUUACCAAGUGCAUCUUUGAGUGUGAAGCCGGUGAAUUCAAAUUUAAAAGAACCCCAAACAAAUUUUGAUGCAUGUGGUUCAAAAACUGGAUUGACAGUCGUUCCCAUGUCUGUAAGACCAGCGAAAACCAGUCCAAGGAAGAAACGUGUAUCGCGCUCGCCAAUGAAAUUGGCAACGAGGGAGGAGCUUCUUAGCAAAUGUGGCCUAUCACCACACACCGACAUGUUCACCAAUACAGCACCUGGCAAGGGAGAUAAUCCAGAAUAGUGAUAAAGGGAGAUAACUCCAAAACUCCUACAUAAAUAAAACCUGGGGAGUGGGUGGGGUAAAUACGGAUGGAUGAUGACUGAGAAAUAUAUUAUGAGGUAUGGGAAAUAUCCUUGAAUUUUCAAUUAUUUGCAUAACAAAAAUUUGAAUUGUGUUCAGCGUUGGUGUUUGAGUCUUCUAUAACUCUCAUAUCAAUGCGUUUAUUGUGUUCCAUAGUAUAUCUUUGAUUUACCUUUGAUAAAGUUUGUGACAUGAAUAGCAUCAGUAAAGUACACAUUUUUUAAAAACUCGUUAAGGGAACUUCUCAGACAUGUUUUAUAAGUACAUGGGGGGUGGAAAUGUUCACAUAAUUUCAGAAUUUAUUUGAAUUUGAUAUGAUAUUCAUGAAACAAGUUUGCAAUCUUGUAAAUAUUCUCAAUGACUGUUAAUUAUGAUUUAAACUUGUGAUCAUGUUUUCUAAAUAUCAUAUCAAAUGGAAAAAAGUUUGAGAUUCUCUUUACCACAUGAGGCCAGCUUAGAGCAUCAUGUCCUGAUUAAAAAAACCCAUCCAUAUCAAAUCUAACUCUGCAAUCUAUCCCACUAAUGUAUGGUGUCAUUUUGAAAUGAUGUAGCUUAAGCACAUUGUUACGAAUCAUUGAUACAGAAUCUUUCACGUCUGAUUCUUAUUAACUCAUUCACCCCUGAAGACACAUUUGAACUCUUCCAAUUCACAGGUUGGAAUAGUUCAUUAUGAAAUUUCAGGGUUGAAUGAGUUAUUUGGAUAUUUUCCAGAGUUAAGGUAGAGAGUCCCAGUGCUCUGUGCGAUAUCUCCAAAAAAUGAAGCGUUCCGAUUUGUUUGGCAUUUUUUUUUCUUAAAAUACAUGCCCAGAUACUACAGCAAAGUGUUACUUACCAAAAGGUAUACAUUUAUCAUAAUUUCCCUACUCAUAAAAGAAUCUGUUGCCAAGAGGAUUCGAUCUCUGGACCUCUUGAUUAUAAGGCAGGGAGCUUAUAUAUAAUUAUCUACUGUUCUAUCUAUCAUGCUAUUGGUCCUGUUCAUGUUUUCCCACAAUAUUACCAGAAAAAAUGUUGAAUUGAACUCCUUAAAAAGGCCUAGAACUUAUAUAAUCACUGUCUUUGUAUCAUUGUAGAGAAAUAUCACAAAUUUAAAGGGAGAACUAUGUAUACGGUAGAAAAGUGAUGGGACUCUUUACCUAAGAAUGUUUAUCGAGUGAGAACUGUUGAGUAUUCUGUUCACUAUCUCACGGAAUAAGACUAUCUAAGUAUGUGACUUUCUCAAGAAUUUGUAAACCAUAUUUAGUGGGAUAGUUUGAAGUCUUUCCAAAAUCCGUGUAAAUAUUGCAUGUUUCAUAUGUAAAAUUGAACGCGAUAUAUUAUGGGAUGACGAAGUCAUUGGAUAAAGCUACAAGUACAUUCAAACCUGUUUAAAAAGACCACCUGCAAUAAGAGGCCACUUGAUUAAUUUCUCAAAGGUGUCUCUAAAAACAGGUUCGACUGUACUCUUACUUCCUGUGUAAAAAUGUAUGUGAUGCAUUAUGGGAUGAGAAAAUUUUAGUCAUUGGAUAAAGCUACAAGUACAUUCAAACCUGUUUAAAAAGACUACCUGCAAU